UCAAACGUUGAGAAGCAAGCAAGGGGAGAGGAAAAUCUGCCUGCGUGUGGUUCGCCCUCGUGUCAUACUGUUUGCCUUGUGCUCUUUCAGCAAGCCGAGGAGGGAACCUCGCCAGAUCUGAAGCUCGUCUGAAAUGCAUUAAACCUCUGAGAAGAACGAUCUUCUGUAAUCCAGCUGCGUUGACGCUCCACGCAGGGUUCCUAUUCGCUGUCUGAAGAACACCCAUAAAUGUAGCAGCAGCUCCUCCAAGAGUGUCUCGAGUCCAAAUAUUUUCCAGAGGGCAAGACUGCAGAGAGAGAGAGAGAGAAAGCAUCGAGGCGUUCGGAGCAGUCUGUGAAUUCUCCAUAAUAACCUGGGGCUCAAAGGGGGAGAGUCAAGCUUCAAACGAGACAUCGGUCCUGUGGUCCCUCUCCGUGUCAGCACAGGAGGUUUCGAGGACGAGUGAGCACGGUCCACAUAAAUACAGGAAACACCUGAAGGUUUUCCAAGGAAAUAAAGCUCCAAACAUCAGCCACAUUGUGACAUUGGUUUUUGUAAGGAGCUCCCUGUCUUCUCGUUAAUCAAUCAAAAUGUCCCGCUGGGGGAGAAAGAAUGUGAAAAAGACGCCAGAGGUGAUCCGCACUGUAACCGAGGGGCUCAAGUCCUUGUACCGGAAGAAGCUGCUGCCUCUGGAGGAGUAUUACGGGUUCCACGACUUCCACUCUCUCAGUCUGGAGGAUGCAGACUUUGAUAAUAAGCCUAUGGUGCUGGUGGUGGGACAGUACUCCACCGGAAAGACAACGUUUAUCAAGUAUCUACUGGAGCAAGAUAUUCCUGGGAGCAGGGUGGGACCCGAACCCACCACCGACUGCUUCACUGCCAUCAUGCAUGGGGAGGUGGAGGGAGUCAUCCCCGGGAACGCCCUCAUCGUAGACCCCAACAAGCCUUUCCGCAAACUCAACCCCUUUGGAAACACAUUUCUCAACAGGUUCCAGUGCGCCCAGAUUCCCAACCAGGUCCUGGAGAGCAUCAGCAUCAUCGACACGCCGGGGAUCCUGUCCGGUGCAAAGCAGAGAGUGAGCCGAGGUGAGAGAAAGUGCAAAGGCUACGACUUCCCAGCUGUGCUGCGCUGGUUCGCCGAGCGCGUGGACCGCAUCAUCCUGCUGUUUGAUGCCCAUAAACUGGAGAUCUCCGACGAGUUCUCCGAGGCCAUCGGUGCCCUGAAGGGCAACGAGGACAAGCUGCGCGUGGUGCUCAACAAGGCCGACAUGGUGGGCACCCAGCAGCUGAUGAGAGUGUACGGCGCACUCAUGUGGUCCCUGGGGAAGGUGUUUGGCACCCCGGAGGUGCUGCGGGUCUACAUCGGCUCCUUCUGGUCCGAGCCGCUGAUGGUUACAGACAACCGGAAGCUGUUUGAGCUGGAGGAGGAGGACCUGUUCGCCGACAUCCAAAACCUCCCUCGCAAUGCGGCUCUGCGCAAACUCAACGAUCUGGUCAAGAGGGCGCGCCUCGUCAGGGUCCAUGCCCACAUCAUCAGCUAUCUGAAGGCGGAGAUGCCUUCUGUCUUCAGAAAGGACAAUAAAAAGAAGAAUCUGAUCUACCAGCUGCCGGUCAUUUUCUCUAAGAUCCAGCUGCAGCACAACAUUUCUGCUGGCGACUUCCCCGAUUGUACUAAAAUGCAGGAGCAACUGAUGGCCCAUGAUUUCAACAAGUUCAAAACCUUGAAGCCUAACCUGAUGACGGCCUUGGAUGAGCUGCUGUCGGCGGACAUCUCCAAACUGAUGCCCCUCCUGCGCCAGGAGGAGCUGGAGGCAGGCGAUCAACCAGGUGUGCAGGGCGGAGCCUUCAUUGGGACCCGCGCCGGACCAUUCGGAGAGGGCGACCCCUUUUUGCAGGAGAACGGAGAGGGAUGCGAGGAGGAGGAAGAUUGGGUGGUGACCAAAGACAAGCCCAAAUACGACGAGAUCUUCUACAACCUCGCUCCCAACGAGGGAAAGCUGAGCGGCAACAAGGCUAAGGACUGGAUGGAGAGCUCGCGCCUGCCCAACUCGGUGCUGGGCCGCAUCUGGAAGCUGUCGGAUGUGGACCACGACGGCAUGCUGGAUGAUGAAGAAUUUGCUCUGGCCAGCCACCUGAUUGAGGUCAAGCUAGAGGGCCAUGGUCUGCCUCCUGAGCUUCCCACACGUCUGAUCCCGCCCUCCAAACGCAGGCAGAAGGGCUCUGACGCAUAGACAUGUGACGGAGUCCCUGGAGCUGAGGGAGACUCUUCUCCGUUGGCUGUCCUGCCCCCCUCCCACCCCCCCACCAGGCCAAAGUCAAAAUGUUUUUCUGUAACUUCUCCUCUGAGACUGAUUUUUUUUUUCUUGCACAAUGGAACAUACUGUAUUAAUGCUUCGCCAAUCCUUAGAGGCUGACUGCAAAAUAUUAAGUAUUAAGAAGUCACUGGUCUGGUUGCUUCUUCCCUUUGGCUCCUCAAAGUUAGCUUUUUAUGAUAAGUUUUAAAAAACUUGUGUUUGCCUUGCAGAAGCAAUUAAUGGCUGUCACCCCCUAAGUGAUUAGUAUUCAACAUAUAUUUGAAAGUAUACAGAGCAAACUACUCUGUAUAUAAGACUUAAAAAAUAAAACAUUUCUCUAGUGACUAGAUUAUUACAGUAUUAAAAGUUUAAAUCAUUUUUUGGUCAUAACAUUUUGAGGUCUGAUCAUUCCAGAGACAAUGGCCACACCUGAAAAUGAUUUUUUUUAAAUAGUAUUUUCAACUCAAACUGGCAGCACAAGUGGAAUAACCUGAAUGCAUUUCACUUUCAAGGCUUUACAGGUCACAAUUUUGUGCAUAAACUUUUUACAUUAUUUUUGUAACGGUUGCUGCUUCAUAUGUGCUGGAGCUAGACAUUAGUUGUAUAAAAGAACAUGACAAAAUGAGAUUAACUAUUGACUGACCUUUGAUUGAUAUAUUACUGACUACUGUACUCAGCUCCACCAAAUGUUCUUAUGUCAACUAUUAUUGUAACCAAAUAAAAUUCCAUGACUGUG